GCAGACAUCAUGUUUUUGAUGGAAAACAUGAGCAUGAAAAUUGUUUCGUGAAGAAUUACUCUUAUUUAUCAGCAUCAUUUGCUCCUACCCGAGCGUCGACGUCACCUGAAGAGCGCUUUCACAAUAUUCGAAGAUGGAAAUGAAUAUCGCGGACAUUCGUUGCUCUGAUGAGCUUAUACCAAUUUUAAGUGCGACGAUUUCUUCAGAUCAAAGUGAAGUUUGUAAAGCGACCAUGUACCUCGAGGAAGCCGCAAAAUCGAAUAUCCUCAAGUUCAUGCGGCUUCUUGCCGAAGUUCUGAUGAGUCCCGGGAAUACUGCUGUCGCCCGCAUGGCUGCCGGAUUAUUCUUAAAGAAUCAACUUACUGCAAAAAGCGACUGUUUGAAGGAGUCAUACAGGCAACGCUGGCUUUGCUUCCCUCCUGCGGAUCGUCAAUACAUCCGUUCAAAUAUACUAUCAUCUCUCGGAACGGAACUUAUGCGACCUUCCACAGCAGCUCAAUGUCUAGCCUAUAUUGCUGUGGCUGAAAUUCCCCAUGGACUAUGGCCGGAUCUUAUUUCGACGCUUGCUCACAAUUUCAACGCAAAUUCUAGCACCGAUCUGGUCAAAGAAGCUACCUUAGAAGCCAUAGGGUAUAUUUGCCAAGAAAUGGAGGGCCAUGUUUUACGUCAGAAAGUCGACUACCCAGAUCAGAUUUUGAGCAUGAUCGUGCACGGCAUGCGUAUGAACCAAAAUGAUCACGUCAGGCAGGCUGCGUGUAAUGCCAUGUUGAAUUCUCUGGAAUUCACUCGAAAGAAUUUUGAAUGUAUGAAUGAACGGAAUGAAAUCAUGAAAGUUGUGUGCGAGGCAACGCAAAGCAAAAGCACGAAAAUUCAAGUGAUUGGUUUGCAGUGCUUGGUGAAAAUCAUGUCGCUUUAUUAUCAGUACAUGGAGGAAUAUAUGGGUCCUGCUUUGUUCCCGAUUACACUGAAUGCGUUGAAGAGUGAUAUUGACGAAGUCGUCUUGCAAGGCAUUGAAUUUUGGUCCAACGUUUGUGAUGAAGAAGUAGAUUUGGCAAUUGAAGCAAAUGAGUUCGACGGAACAGGCAGACCUCCUUUGAACACGUCUAGGUUUUAUGCAAAAGGUGCACUGAACCACGUGUUGCCUGUUCUGUUGCCUAUUCUUACUCGUCAGGAAGAAGGCGAUGGUGACGAUGAUUGGAAUCCCUGUAAAGCCACUGGAGUGUGCUUAUCACUCUUCGCGCAUUGUUGCGAAGACGACAUUGUGGACGCCGUAUUGCCGUUCAUAACGGAAAAUAUUCGUAGUCCAGAUUGGCGAUUCCGAGACGCAGCUGUUAUGGCGUUCGGAUCAAUCAUUGAUGGCCCUGAUACCGACAAGCUUCGACCAUUGGUUGAAAAUGCGAUGCCGGUCCUACUUCAGUUGCUUUCAGACUCGAACGUUGUUGUCAAGGAUACCACUGCUUGGGCAAUAGGAAGAAUAUGUGAACUUUUACCGAGUGUAGCACUAGCCACGAAUCAUCUUCAGGUUUUACUGGAAGUUAUGAUCGCAAAUUUGUUCGCCGAACCGCGAGUGGCCAGCAAUAUUUGUUGGGCGUUAUCCAGCUUGAAUGAAGCCGCUUACGACGACUGUGAAAGCAAGGACGUUCCGGAAACGUACGCACUCAGUAGAUAUUAUGAAGGUAUCUUGCAUAAACUAAUCGAAGUUACUGAUCGUGUGGAUGGGGGUGAGCAUGGGUUAAGAGGAGCUGCGUACGAGGCAAUCAUGGAGCUUGUGAGAAACUCAGCGGAUGAUUGUUACCCGACUGUGCAACAAACGACGAUCGUCAUAUUGAAUAGGCUUCAGGCUUCCAUUGGAAUUGAAUCGGGUUCAUCUACACUGGGUGACCGCCAGGAAAUCCUGAAUAUCCAGGCUUUGCUUUGUGCCUCACUCCAGAUAAUUCUUCGGAAACUGAAGAAGGAUGACUUGCGACAAAUAGCAGAUGCCACGAUGGCGGCGCUACUACAAAUGUUUUCUUCCACCGUGAAUUUGCCGUUCAACACAGAAGAUCCCAAAGUUAGCGGAUCGAUACGGGAAGAUGCGUUAUUGGCUGUUUCCGUGAUCGUCGAAGGGUUAGGCGAAGAUUUCUUGAAGUAUAUGGAUUUAUUCAAGCCGUUCUUGAUGGUAGCAUUAACAAACGUAGCCGAAGUGAGCGUGGUGAGUUCAGGCCUCGGAGCAGUGGGGGACAUUUUCAGGUACCUGAGCAAUAAGGCCUCUCCGUAUGCGGAUGAUUUAAUGCAAGCUCUACUGAGAAUACUGGGGGAUCCAAAUGCAAAUCGAGAUUUGAAGCCGCCGAUUUUCAGCGUUUUCGGCGACGUUGCGCUUGCGAUGGGAACGGAUUUUGAUAAAUAUCUGGACCUUGUGAUUUCAGCUACUCAUCAAGCUUCCGUCAUGAAAUUCGAAGGAAGUGAUUUUGAUGUGACUGAUUACGAGAACGAACUGAGGCAGGCAUGUUGCGAAGCAUAUGCGGGCAUUGUGCAAGGUUACAAGGGGAACGAAUCGAAUGGAAAUCGAACCCCUGGCGAAAAUCCUCUUGCUCGAUUGAAACCACAUCUGCAACAUAUAAUAGACUUCAUUUUCCUCGUCGGUGCUGACGACGAAGCUUCGGAUGGAUGCAUUCAUGCUGCCGUAGGACUACUAGGUGAUUUAACGGUAGCGUUUGGGAUCGAGCUACCGAUUUUAGACAAAUUCGAGGCUGUGCAAGAUUUACUCGCUCGUGGGAAGAAAUCAAAAACAACUCGGACCCGACAGAUGACGGCAUGGACAACGAAGGAGAUAAAGAAACUGAAAGCCGCUUUAUCCCAAGCUAUAGCCCAGCAUCAGCAGGCACCCCAAAAGUGA